CACACCUUUCACUGUUUGAUGUUGUGCUGUCAUCAUUCCUUUUGCAGUUCUUGAAAAUGGCGAGUCGUGGACCAAAUCGUCGGGCAACACAAGAAGUGGAUAAUACCAUCUCGUACGUCCAGUGCGAUGGCCUGGCGGCGAUGAAGAUGGUGAAACAUUGCCACGAAGAGUCACUGAGCAAUAUGGAGGUGGCCCAAGGCGCUCUUCUCGGUCUGGUGGUAGAUGAUCGGCUGGAAAUUACCAACUGUUUCCCAUUCCCGAAGUCGUCGGAUGAAACCAUCGACGAGGAAGAGUACCAGCUGAAUAUGAUGCGCAGAUUGCGCCUUGUUAAUGUGGAUCAUUUUCACGUUGGGUGGUACCAGAGCGCUGAUGUUGGCAACUUCCUGUCGUUGCCCUUGCUGGAGUCUCAAUAUCAUUACCAAACCAGUAUCGAAGAAUCGGUUGUGGUUAUCUAUGAUACCCAGAAGUCGGCCCGUGGUUUCUUAACAUUGAAGGCCUAUCGUCUGACUCCCCAAGCGAUCGCCAUGUACAAGGAGCGCGAGUUCACUCCAGAAGCGCUGCGUAAUCUGAAGGUUGGUUAUGAGAAUCUUUUCAUCGAGGUGCCGAUCGUGAUUAAAAACUCGGCGCUGUGCAACAUUAUGAUGUCCGAGCUUGCCGAAAUGGUACCGGAGGAGGAAGGCACGCACUUCUUGGAUUUAGGAACCGCAUCGGUUCUAGAGAAUCAUUUGCGCUGUCUGAUGGACCGGGUAGACGAAUUGAAUCAAGAGGCGAACAAGUUCAACAAACAUCAGCAGACGGUCAUACGUCAAGAACAGGAUAAACAUCGCAUGCUGGCUAAACAUGCCCAGGAGAAUGCCGCUCGCAUUGCCAAAGGUGAGGCAGCACUUCCAGAGGACGAGAUUCAGAAGCUGUUCCGUCCGCUGCAGGCACCACCGCGGUUGAACCCGAUGAUUGUUUCCGGUCAGAUCAACACUUACGCUCAACACAUUUCGCAGUUCUGCUCCCAAUCAUUAGCUAAGUUGUAUAUGACUCAAGCUCUGCAAGGUGCCAAAGAGCAUAAGCAGUAAAAUGGAAACGGGUGGAACAGAAAAUGGAAACUUAUAAGAAUAGGUGCAUCGUUACACAUUGACACUAUUUCACUACAUGAUAAAAUCCUGGAAGUCAAUAAAGUGAAGUCGUUCUGGUUCCAAACAAUACCACGGAACUACAAUUGGAACGCACAACAAAA